CAUACGAAGGCGUGCAAUCCCCAAACCAAAUAAUUAAGUGAGAAAUUGUCUGCAGCAUACAAACUUUGGGAAAAACUAUCAAAUUUAUGUCUAUUAGCAAUGACAAUUUAAAAACAUAAUUUAAAUAAGAGCGCCAAGUCAUGAAAAAUUAAGAAAUAAGCUAGUAGAAAGGGACUGCAGCAAGAAUAGCAAUUAAAUUGUAACUUUAAAAUUUACAAAGUGGACCAUAAUCGUAUUACCAGAUUUUGUAACUAAAUUUCUUGAAAUAAAAUGUGGCAUUUACGACGUUUUUUCACACAAUUCGCUGAAGAACUCAGUACACCCACCGAUUUUAUAAGCUGCCUACAGCAAACACCUCAAUUAAUACAUACUAGUUUCGGCGGCUCCGUAAGUCUGGAAAGUUUAGCCUGGCUUCAUAAUGUAGCACCGUGUUUUCCACUUCGUGGCGAUCAAAUCCAGAUAAUACAUGAACCUCAAAACUUCUAUGAAACGCUUGUGCAACGUAGUGCGGCGGCUCGCGAACGAAUCGUUUUAGCUAGUUUAUACCUAGGCACUGGCCACCUGGAGAAUGCUUUUGUGCAAACAUUACGCAGCAGUUUACAACAACAGUCCUCGUUGCGUGUCAAUGUAUUGUUAGAUUUUACUCGAGGCACGCGCGGGGAUGUCAACUCAAAAACGAUGCUAUUGCCGCUUGUGCGUGAUUUCGGCGAGCAGAUGAGAUUGUCACUUUAUCACACUCCGGAUCUGCGUGGCAUGACAAAAAGGUUAGCACCGCCGCGAUGGAAUGAAUUGCUCGGCUUACAACAUAUGAAAGUGUAUCUCUUUGAUGACGCAGUUCUUAUAUCUGGGGCUAAUCUAUCAAAUGAUUACUUCACGAAACGUCAGGACCGCUAUAUACUUAUUGAAGACAAACCUUUGGCAGAUUUUUACGCACAGUUUAUUGCUCGUGUACAGGAAUUCAGUUUAGCGGUGAAUCACAAUGCGCAAGAGGUAUUGCACGAAGAUGGAAAAGUUUUGCCAUAUGAGGGUGCGAAAGAGGAAUUUAUUACACAUGCAAAACAGCGCAUUACUGAUUUUAUGCAAGACAUAUUCCUGCAACAGCAAAAAAUUACUGAAAACAAGAAAGAUGCUGAUACGUGGAUAUUCCCACUGGUUGAAAUGGGUCAAAUCGGCAUUCACCAUGACAGCCUUGUGACGAAGCAUCUGCUCUCCUCUGCAAUAGAAAGUUCCCGAUUCAAACUUGCCACAGGGUACUUUAAUUUAACGCAGGAAUAUAUGGAUACCUUGGCCAGCAACUGCCUGGCGCAGUGCAGCAUUCUAAUGGCUCAUCCAAAUGCGAAUGGGUUUCAAGGUGCAAGCGGCCCCGCCGGUGGGAUACCUGCGGCUUAUUCUUUAAUAGCGAAAAAAUUUUAUGAAAAUCUUGUGCAGCUAAAACAAAUUCACCGCAUUAAUUUUUUCGAAUACGAAAGGGAUGGUUGGACCUAUCACGCCAAAGGAUUAUGGUACUAUCUGCCGGGCGCUUCUUUUCCAAACCUCACUUUGAUUGGUUCCUCAAAUUUUGGCGAGCGUUCUGUGAAUCGCGACCUGGAAACGCAAGUGUGCCUUGUUACUAGUAACGACGGUCUAAGUAGUCGAUUGCAGGGCGAAGUUGAUCGACUUUUUAGCUCUUCUAGUACUGCCGAGAACGAAAUUGUCUCUAGACCAGUACCUCAUUGGGUGCAUGCUGUAGUAAAAGUAUUUAGGAAUUUCUUUUAAUUAACUUAAAGCAAUCGAAAACGGCGUUGGUUAAAAAUAGUGCGGAAUGGGGUAUAAAUAUGCGAAAUUUGUAAUAGAAAAAUUAGACGUCAAAUUCACAAAAAUUAAAAUAGUUUACAAUGCCCCACUAUAUUAUAAAGCCUUUAAUUCUUCCUUUCGUAAAGCAUUAAGAAACUAAUUUUACGUUUAUGAGUUUGGACAUAAAAUAGUUAACCUACGAAAUUGUAGACAGUCAAUUAAAGAGUUUACUUCGAA